AUGGUAUCAUCGCAUUGGUUAAUUCUAACUAUUGUCAUUAUUAUGACAAUCCUAGCUGUUACUCCGAUUGCUGAAAGUACCAUCAUUUUACUGGCUUGUUUAGCAGGAUCAGCAUUGUGUCCUUUUUCUACAACAACUACUGCAGCGCCGUAA